AUGGAUGAGUACAUUGAGAAAAGAAGGGAUUUGAUUAAUGAAGUGUGUAGUAUAGUUAUUAGGUCAAAAGAGAAGGAUCAUGAGUUGUUUGAGAUAGCAGCCAUACAUCGAGAGCUGCUUUUGAAUCCGGAAGUUGCAUUAACAAAGGAUCUCCGUUGUGAGCUAGAAAAAAGAGCAUGUUUAAGACUAGAUUUUGCAGAAAUGAAGAGCAUAAAAGGCCAGAUUGAGUGUGUAAAGGUUGAAAAGAAACUGGUGUGCCCAAUAGGACAGAAAGAGAUAGUUGUUCCAUAUUAUGGAGAUUGCGGACAUGCUAUGGAGAAGAAGGAGGCGUUGAAGUAUUUGAAAGGAAACUCUAAAUUUGUAUGUCCGCAUGCAGGAUGUAACAAGAUAUUUACAAAGAAUAAACGAUCAUAA